GUGAAGAAAAAAAGGAAAUAUUUUUCCAAAUCCGAAAAAAAUCAAACCUCGUAACCUGCUCAAAAUCCGAUCGCUGGAGCGCCGGAUAAUUCGCCAGCGGCGUCAUGGCGGCGUUUAGAGUGUUCCUGCUCACUGUAUUUCUCUCUGUAAUUCUCGCGCACGUCGGAGCUGAAGCUGAUGCCUCAGUCUCAGAUGUCGUCGAGGAAGUCAAACUCGCCGGAUCGGACGGUCCAGAUUCUGUGGUCCUUGAGCAACUUAAGUCCAAGAUCCACAGUCUCGAAUCCCAGAUUGAGGAGAAAAUUCGAGAACUAAAAGAAAAGGAGCAUGCGCCUCAGAAGAUCAUCGAUGACCAGAAAGCUAAGAUAUGUAAAACUCAACGAGCUCCUGAGAUUUCUGAGGAAGAAUUGAUGAAGGCCAAAUUUGAAGCAACUUCCAGAACGGAAGAUUUGAUGCAGCCUCAUGGUGCUUGGCUUCCCCCUUGGCUUGCAGUUCAUCUUAAUAAUUAUCAGAAAUUGGUACCAUCCAUCAAGGAGAAGUGGGUGGUUAUAGCCACAAAUAUUGAACCCCAUGUGCACACACUAACAACAAAAACUGUGGAGAUAUAUGAAGCGUCAAAGGAAGCUGUGUCUCCACACAUUGUUAAAGUUCAGGAACUUGCGAAUCCUUACUACCAGCCUCAGAAGAUCAUCGAUGACCAGAAAGCUAAGAUAUGUAAAACUCAACGAGCUCCUGAGAUUUCUGAGGAAGAAUUGAUGAAGGCCAAAUUUGAUGCAACUUCCAGAACGGAAGAGUUGAUGCAGCCUCAUGGUGCUUGGCUUCCCCCUUGGCUUGCAGUUCAUCUUAAUAAUUAUCAGAAAUUGGUACCAUCCAUCAAGGAGAAGUGGGUGGUUAUAGCCACAAAUAUUGAACCCCAUGUGCACACACUAACAACAAAAACUGUGGAGAUAUAUGAAGCGUCAAAGGAAGCUGUGUCUCCACACAUUGUUAAAGUUCAGGAACUUGCGAAUCCUUACUACCAGCCUCAGAAGAUCAUCGAUGACCAGAAAGCUAAGAUAUGUAAAACUCAACGAGCUCCUGAGAUUUCUGAGGAAGAAUUGAUGAAGGCCAAAUUUGAAGCAACUUCCAGAACGGAUGAGUUGAUGCAGCCUCAUGGUGCUUGGCUUCCCCCUUGGCUUGCAGUUCAUCUUAAUAAUUAUCAGAAAUUGGUACCAUCCAUCAAGGAGAAGUGGGUGGUUAUAGCCACAAAUAUUGAACCCCAUGUGCACACACUAACAACAAAAACUUUGGAGAUAUAUGAAGCGUCAAAGGAAGCUGUGUCUCCACACAUUGUUAAAGUUCAGGAACUUGCGAAUCCUUACUACCAGCCUCAGAAGAUCAUCGAUGACCAGAAAGCUAACAUAUGUAAAACUCAACGAGCUCCUGAGAUUUCUGAGGAAGAAUUGAUGAAGGCCAAAUUUGAAGCAACUUCCAGAACGGAAGAUUUGAUGCAGCCUCAUGGUGCUUGGCUUCCCCCUUGGCUUGCAGUUCAUCUUAAUAAUUAUCAGAAAUUGGUACCAUCCAUCAAGGAGAAGUGGGUGGUUAUAGCCACAAAUAUUGAACCCCAUGUGCACACACUAACAACAAAAACUUUGGAGAUAUAUGAAGCGUCAAAGGAAGCUGUGUCUCCACACAUUGUUAAAGUUCAGGAACUUGCGAAUCCUUACUACCAGCCUCAGAAGAUCAUCGAUGACCAGAAAGCUAACAUAUGUAAAACUCAACGAGCUCCUGAGAUUUCUGAGGAAGAAUUGAUGAAGGCCAAAUUUGAAGCAACUUCCAGAACGGAAGAUUUGAUGCAGCCUCAUGGUGCUUGGCUUCCCCCUUGGCUUGCAGUUCAUCUUAAUAAUUAUCAGAAAUUGGUACCAUCCAUCAAGGAGAAGUGGGUGGUUAUAGCCACAAAUAUUGAACCCCAUGUGCACACACUAACAACAAAAACUUUGGAGAUAUAUGAAGCGUCAAAGGAAGCUGUGUCUCCACACAUUGUUAAAGUUCAGGAACUUGCGAAUCCUUACUACCAGCCUCAGAAGAUCAUCGAUGACCAGAAAGCUAAGAUAUGUAAAACUCAACGAGCUCCUGAGAUUUCUGAGGAAGAAUUGAUGAAGGCCAAAUUUGAAGCAACUUCCAGAACGGAAGAGUUGAUGCAUCCUCAUGGUGCUUGGCUUCCCCCUUGGCUUGCAGUUCAUCUUAAUAAUUAUCAGAAAUUGGUACCAUCCAUCAAGGAGAAGUGGGUUGUUAUAGCCACAAAUAUUGAACCCCAUGUGCACACACUGACAAUAAAAACUGUGGAGAUAUAUGAAGCGUCAAAGGAAGCUGUGACUUCACACAUUGUUAAAGUUCAGGAACUUGCGAAUCCUUACUACCAGCCUCAGAAGAUCAUCGAUGACCAGAAAGCUAAGAUACGUAAAACUCAACGUGCUCUUGAGAUUUCUGAGGAAGAAUUGAUGAAGGCCAAAUUUGAAGCAACUUCCAGAACGGAAGAGUUGAUGCAGCCUCAUGGUGCUUGGCUUCCCCCUUGGCUUGCAGUUCAUCUUAAUAAUUAUCAGAAAUUGGUACCAUCCAUCAAGGAGAAGUGGGUGGUUAUAGCCACAAAUAUUGAACCCCAUGUGCACACACUGACAACAAAAACUGUGGAGAUAUAUGAAGCGUCAAAGGAAGCUGUGACUCCACACAUUGUUAAAGUUCAGGAACUUGCGAAUCCUUACUACCAGGAAUUGAGGAAAGUAAGCAGACCAUAUAUUGACAGUGUAGCCACUGCUGCAAGACCUCAUGUUGAUAAAUUACAGACCAAUCUGAAGCCAUACACACAGGAGGCAGUUAAAGCUUACCGAAAGUUCCUUGAGUCAGCAACUGUAUAUCAUGGUCAGGUUCAAGACAGUGUUCAGGACAAACUCAAGAGUCGCGAGUUUACAAAACCUCUAGCUACGAAAGAGCUGGUUUGGUUUUCUGCUUCCGCAUUGCUAGCUUUGCCUAUCAUCUUACUGUUGAAAAUCUUUUCAGCUUUUUUUGGUAAAAAGGGGAAGAAGGCCACCCGACAUGGCAAUACACACAAUGCUCGUCUCUAAGGAAAACGUGUACAUUCAGACAAGUAAAACCUGCUAAUGUUGUACUCCAAUGUGAUUAUACAAGGUGUGCCAUAAACUUCACUAUGUGUUUACGCUUGUCUGAUAUAAUGUCUACACCCAAUUUUUUCCAUAUGAUUGACACAUGCUUAGACACAUUAUAUGUUAGUGUGGGAACAGGAGAAAUGAACACAACCCCCCCUCAUUUCACACCCUUAUGUGUGUCGAGCUUUAGUAGUGACUCAAUUCAUUGAUUACUUUGGAUUGAUACUUAGUUAUCGUAUGCUGAUUGGCACUGUUUAUAUUUAUGUAAUUUAAUUGGAUUUUCUCUUUU